GACAUUUUUUCUCCUGCAAAAGGCUGAUCUAUGUCGUCCAAACGCGGGUUUCCCUCGGCUAUUUCCACGCAGAGAUAAAUCGAAGUGGGUCGGUUCAAAACAAGUCACACGGUCGUACGAUGAGUGGUCAAAUCAGCAAGGAAGAUCGGCAGCAACUUGAGAGAUGGAUAGGAUUAGGGCCAAGGGACUUUGAGCUUCUUUAUAGCAUUUCCCGGGAUGGGUGUAGUCCGGAAAUAUUUCACAAGCUUUGCGACAACCAGGGACCAACAUUGACCGUUUUAUACAAUACGCAUGGGUCUGUGUUCGGGGGAUAUGCAAGCAGUAGCUGGACAAACCCACCAAAGGAUACAUUAGUGCAAGAUGAAAAUGCAUUUUUGUUUCAACUGCGUUUAAAUGAUAAAGAACGGAAAAACAAGUUUCCGGUAAAAAACUCCCCAAAGGCAUUGAAAGCCUGUGCAACCAAAGGCCCCGGAUUUGGGUCUAAUCGUGACUUUGCUACGUUUGAUAGUCAUAUAUCCCAAGAGAAUGGUAAAUUUAAAUUGGAUGGGUAUAUGAAAACUCCACAAGACUGGUUAGACUAUGGCAACAAAGGUGUUCUAUCGAAGGGAGACAUUAUGAAUAACGACCUACAUGUGACUGAACUGGAAGUGUAUAAAGUAACAGAACAGUUACAGGCAUUAACGCCCGCUCCAUGGCGUAAGAUUAAAGAGGAGUCACUGGAAGCCCAGUCAGAAUUGAUCGGAUCUUUAAAGCCAUGCAAAGAGCAGGGUGUUUCUGACUUUCGGGUUUUGCUGCUUGGUCCGACAGGAAGCGGGAAGUCCAGCUUUGUAAACACGGUCCGGUCUACUUUCAUGGGUCGGCUGUCGCAAAAGGCGGCUUGUGGGUUGGGUCCAAGAGGCUGUACCCUUGCUUACACACCAUACACUGUGCAGACAAAGGAUCGAAAAAAUUUAAGCCUACGCCUGUGUGACACUCCGGGACUCACAGAAAAUCUGGGAAUUGUAGAUGUUGCCUUUCUACUAGGGGGACAUGUGAAAGAUCACCAUAAGUUCUUUGCUGCCAACCAGAUAGAUGUCGAGUCUAGCGACUUUGUACAGAAGCCACAACCACGAAACAAAAUCCACUCGGUCGUCUUUGUGUUAUCUGUUAGUGACGUCAAUGAUCCGAGCACGGGUCUCUUUGAAAAGCUGAUGGAAAUAAAGACCAUGUUAAAUGGAAAGGGUAUACCGUACAACACUGUUCUGACAAAGAUCGACGAAGUAUGUGAAAACACAGAAGACAUCUACAAAUGCGCAGCCGUCGGAGAGGUGGUGGAAAAAGUUGCUGUCAAGCUAGGGGUAUCGCGCAAUACCGUAUUUCCCGUUAAGAAUUAUGAGAACGAGGUUGAACUCGACGAACACGUGGGAGCUCUUGCCUUGAUAUCAUUGAAGCAUAUAUUGUACAGCGCGGCAGAUGCCAGUGACGCGGAGAGUGCUGGAGAGACUACCGAGUCUGAUGUGAUUUAAACAGUGAUAUAAUGACACGUUUUAGCUGGGAGUAGGAUUUAAUGUUAUUAGUCCCAGGUUAUAGUGACAAGUAUCGUGUGUCCAGUUUUUUUAAGGCUGUAUUAAAGUUCGUUCUUAUCUUCGCUCGGCAUAUAUCACCACAAUAUGUCUCCUACGAAUUAGAGUAAGAAAGUGUAUUUAAGACUUGUUUGUAUGACAUUUAUCAGUGAUUUUUGGGGGGAAUUAUUUUCACCGCCUGUUUUUCACAAUUGGGAUUUUUUUUACUUUGGGAAAGUUACAAGAUCAUACUAAAAUAGCAAAUACAGUAGCAAAUAAACAUGUUAUUACUUUUUCAUGCACACAUAUGCUGUUCAAUAGCUAAAGUUAUCAAGAAAUUUGUUUAUUUGUUAAUAAAUUCAUUGCUGUUUUGUCAUUCACAGGAUCAAUAUUCAAUGAAUUGGAAAUUAUUAUGAACUUUUGUGGAAAAUGAACAUAUUUUCACUAGGGGAAACAGCCUUUAUAAGGCAGUAAAUUAUACCAACUUUUUUUACUGGAUACUAAAAUAAAACUUUGAUCGUGAACUAU